UGUGAUCGAGCAUGUGCCCAGUGACGGCAGGUAGCGUUGUGUGUGGAUGCGGCUUCGAGUAUUACAGGAUCAUACUCGAAGUUCGGACACUUUGUAGCCGGUGGCUGCGUGUGAUACCGUCCCGGCGUCCCCUCUUGAUGUUCCACAGUCGACCUCAACUUCACUUUACCUCAUGUCGCAUCGCCCCUCCUUGCACUUGUCCAUGUCACACGAACAGGCCUCUCUCUCCAAAACACCCAUUACUUCGUCAUUCUUACCUCUCGUGAUCCCCUAGAAACCUCAACGGUCUCUUGGAAGGCAGAUGCCAAAGAAUUGCAUCGAGUCAGCCCGCUGCGGACGAUUCAAAUCCUUCAUCAGCUCGCAAUCGCAAUCUAUCCUCUUCUUUCUAAAAGCUUAAUCUCGAGUAUUCCAGGCCUGAUCUCACCAUCGCAAGUUCGUACAAGAUGGUCGUUUCAACAAGCGCAUCAACAUUGUAUGAGCGGGCGAGCGCUGCUGCUAGCGCCGCGCUUUCCUCGCACUCUCACAUCCUAUGGCUCGGAUUCGCCGGUAUACUGGUCCUUGUCCUGACAGGCUUGCUGAUUGCUCGUCUGGCUGGAACUUCGCUCAAGGCGGUUCUUGUUUUCGCGUACAACUGCUUCCUCCAGCCGCUCGGUGAAACCAAGAACCAGGUUGAACGCCUGGACAGGUUUUACCAAGGCCAAGCCAAUGUCUACGAUGCAACUCGAAGCGGCCUCCUGAGGGGCAGGAAGACUAUGCUCAAGCUUUGCGCUGCUCAGCUGCGCGAAAUGCAGGAAGAACGCCCUGGCAAGCCGCUUGUCUGGGUUGACAUUGGUGGUGGUACUGGCUGGAACAUUGAGCAAAUGGAUCAGUACUUUGACGUGACACAACUUUCUGCGAUUUACCUCAUCGAUCUCUGCGAGCCGUUGCUCGAAGUUGCACGCCGCCGCUUCACCGAGAAAGGCUGGAAAAACGUUCAUGUUUACUGCCAAGAUGCGAAAGAAUUUGUCCUUCCUGGUCUAAAGGACGGUCAGAAGGUCGAUCUCUUUACCUGCAGCUACUCUCUUUCUAUGAUCCCCCCUUUCUAUACAACCCUCGACAGAAUCAACCAGUUUCUUGAUCCAGAGACCGGCGUCUUUGGCGUUGCAGACUUUUAUGUCUCCGAUCAGAAUGGCUCAUCGAAGGAGAGGAGCUUGUUCGCAGGCGGUGACGCUAGCAGACACUGUGGUUGGCUCAGCAGGUGUUUCUGGCGCCAAUGGUUCUCUCUCGACCAUGUGGAGCUUCACCCGGCCAGACGUGAUUACCUCGAACACCGUUUCGGCACAAUCAAAUGCUUCAACGGCCGCAACAACUUCAUUCUUCCCUUCAUCGUCAGGAUCCCUUACUACAUUUGGAUUGGCUGCUCUCGCCAACGUGACACGACUGCCGCCGUGCAAGCCUUUGAGAUCGAAGCUGGCAACCGCACUGUCGUUCCACCCAGCUUCCCUGAAAUUUCUUUCCAGCGUCUCAGCAACAAGUCCUCGUCUGACCUGUCUGCCGACACUUCCAGCGUAACUCUCCGAUCUGACCAGCAAAAUGCCACGCUCACCCAACGCCGCCGCAACUCUUCCCUCAAUGACGAGCGCUGGUCCGAUACUGGUUCUUUGCGCGCCCUGAAGCUCGACCUUGGCCCUCAAUUUCCUCUCAGCUCGUUUCACUACCAGAAGAAGCAAUGGCGAUUGCCUUUCGUUGAUGACAAGUUUGCCGACAUGUUCCGCACUUGGAUCUACGGGUUCACCUGGGAGGACCCGUACGUCGACAUGCAGCAUCUUAACUUGACGACGGACGACUCGGUGCUUUGUAUUACCAGUGCUGGCGACAACGCCCUGCACUACGCCAUCGCCGCACAGCCAAAGCGGAUCCACGCAGUCGACAUGAACCCAUGUCAGGGUCACUUGCUUGAACUCAAGCUGGCCUGCAUUGCCACCCUCGAGUACGACGAAUUCUGGCAGCUUUUUGGUGAAGGAAAGCACCCCAACUUCCGCGAGCUCCUCGACAGCAAGCUCGCACCCUACCUCUCUUCGCACGCAUACCAAUUCUGGCGCCUCAACACCAAAACCUUCGACCGCGCCUUCUACUUCCGAGGCUACUCUGGCCAUGCUCUGCGCAUCGCCAAGUGGGCCUUCCAGCUUAUGGGCGUCACCAAGGACGUCAAGCGCAUGUGCGACGCUGACUCCGUCGCGGAACAGCAAAAGAUAUGGGACACGCGUCUGCGACGUGCCUUGAUCAACAGGACCUUCAUCCGCAUCUUCCUCUCCAACCCCGCUUUCCUGUGGAACGCUCUUGGCGUGCCAAUGAAUCAGUACAAUGUCUUUAGGAAGGACGUUUCGGUCGAACAAUUUGCGAUAGACACGCUUGAUGCUAUCCCGAGCUACUCACUUAUCAAGAAUAGCAACUACCAUUACCGGUUGUGCUUGAUGGGCAACUACACGAAGGACUCCUGCCCGCUUUACCUCAAGUUAGAGGCGUUCAAGAGGCUCAAGGCUGACAGCGCGAAGCUGCUCGACACAUUCCGCCUUCACACCAACUCGAUCGUCAAUGUCCUCCGCGGACUUGAGGACGAGAGCUUGACUCGCGCGAUUACGAUGGACCACAUGGACUGGUUCGACCCGGUCCCGGAGUCGACACCAGUGCCAACAGUUGAGCAAGCGCGCAACGAUGAAGACAAGAGCAUCUCCGAUCUGGAUCGUGAGGUGGUCGAGCUGUACAGAUGCAUGCGAAAUGGUGGCUUUGUGCUCUUCCGAACGGCUGGCCGCAAGCCGUGGUACGUGCAGCGCUUCGAGGCAUGUGGCUUCAAGGCGGAGCCGGUGCACUUCAGAGAGACGGGCAAGCCAAUUGAUGCGGUAAACAUGUACGCUUCGACAUGGAUUUGCAGAAAGGAGCAAUGAGGAUAGAGGGAGAGCGCGAUGAACUCAAGAUAAAUAGAUACCUUCAUUAUAGCAUCCGACAAUUUUUCUCGUAUUCAAGAUCCGAUAGGGAUAGUCCAUGCGCGAAAAAACCAAUGUAUUUGCUGGUCUACCAGAUCGACGUUAAAGAUCAU